AUGGAUAACGGUCUAAAAGAUUCGCUUCCCAUCCCUCAGAAUUCUCUGUUGCAACUGCAACUGCAACCUCAAUUGUCCCAAGUUUCAACUCCUCCGGGGAUUAGCAUCCAUUCCAAUGACUUGUUGUCACCAACUCCCCCUCCUUCGGCUUCUACUCCUCCCACGGGUAGUACCCAGCAGACUGUAGGUCCUAAGAAGGUGAAUUUGCACAUUGCUCAUAGACGUUCCCCUAGUGAAUUGACUACGUUGAUGAUUGAACAGUACAACCUUCAAAAGCAAUUGGAGGAAGUACAAGCUCAACAAAAGCAGUUGUUGCAACAACAACAACAUCAUCACCAUCAACAACAAGUUCUGGUUCCUUCUCAGCAACAGCAACUGCAAUUGGCUUAUCCGAAUAGCGAGUUUCUUCCUCCUCCAGCACAAUACCGUUCUCACUCUCGUUCAGGUUCAAUGAACAAUACUUCCAUGGGCUCGGUAGUUGGUGGUCAAGCUCCGCAACAACAACUGUUGCAACCCCCACAACCCACUCACAGAAGAGCUGGUUCUGGUGGAGGUGCCAACUCAAGCAUGGGACACAACAGAAGACAUUCUUUAGGCUUGAAUGAAGCUAUUAAGGCUGCAGCCAAUCAACGUCAGUCAAACAGAUCUACGUUGAAUCCUAAUCAACAAAAUCAGUCUCAAUCCCAAUCCACUGGCACAUUCAAAUUCCCAGACUCUGGUCCUGGCUCUGGCUCCUCUGAUGAGUUGUCUUCUCCCACAGCAACUUCGCCAGGUGGUCACAAUCGUUCUCGUUCUUUGGCUUAUGGUCAACAGUCUUUUAAGUUCCCCCCAGAUUCUACUGAUACAAAAGAGUCAUUGUUACCUCCAACCCCAACUUUCUCUGGUGUUCAAAGCCCUGAACGUAACAAUUCAGGAAACCAAGGUCAUCUGAGGCGUUCUUCUCAUUACAGGUCUAACUCAAGAAAUUAUGAUAUCAAUUCAAAUUGGAGAUCUCAACAACAACCUCUGCAACAACAACCAGGAAACAAUAAUAACAGGCGUAACUUGUCACAACAAUUUGAUCCUCCACCAGGAGGAAUUUUUGUUCCAGGACAUAAAAAUCGUUCAGGUAGUCAAGGAGGCUCAUCGAUAUCCUCUUUGUCGCAAUUUCUCCCCUCUGGUUCACCUCAAGGAAACCAGACACAAGGAAAUGUCAAUCCUAAUAAUGGCAGAAAAUCUCUCUUUGCUCCCUACUUACCUCAGUCUUCUUUACCAGGUCUUGUUUCUGAGGGUCGCUUGGUCACUGGUACUUUGCGUGUUAACAAGAAAAAUAGAUCCGAUGCCUAUGUUUCUACUGAUGGUUUAUUGGAUGCAGAUAUUUUCAUUUGUGGUUCAAAAGAUAGAAACAGAGCACUUGAAGGUGACUUAGUUGCUGUUGAGCUUUUGGUUGUUGAUGAAGUCUGGGAAUCUAAGAAGGAAAAGGAAGAAAAGAAGAGAAGAAAAGAUAACAUUGUUACCAGAGGUCCUGGCAAUUCGGUUCUCAGCGACGAUAUUCACAACGAUGCAACAUCAGCAAGUCAAAGUGUUGGAUAUGAGACAUCUCAUGGAAUCACGAGUCCUGGUAAAGAUGGAUCAUCGUCUGAUGGAGCACCAAUUUUACAGAGACGUGGUUCCUUGAAGCAAAGACCAACCAUGAAGAAGAAUGAUGAUGUUGAAGUUGAGGGCCAAUCACUUUUACUAAUUGAAGAAGAAGAAAUCAAUGACGAUGUGAAACCUUUGUAUGCUGGUCAUGUGGUUGCGGUUGUUGACCGUAUUCCUGGACAAUUGUUUUCUGGUACUUUAGGCUUGUUGAGACCUGCUCAAGCUGCACAAGCGGCCAAAGAUAAAAAGGAUGGCAAGGAAUCUCUGAUCCAAACUCCAAGGGCUCCUAAAAUUGUUUGGUUUAAACCCACUGACAAAAAGGUUCCUUUGAUUGCUAUUCCAACUGAGCAAGCACCAAAAGAUUUUGUUAACAAUCAUGAAAAGUAUGCUGAUCAAUUGUUCGUAGCAUCUAUUAAAAGAUGGCCAAUCACCUCCUUGCAUCCUUUUGGUACUUUAGUUUCAAAAUUGGGUGACAUUGAAGACCCAAAGACUGAGAUUGACUCCAUAUUAAGAGAUAAUAACUUUUUGUGUGAUGAAUACCCUGAAGAUAUGUCAUUUGAAUUUCCGAAUUUGGAGGACGAACUCCAAAGCUCACAAAGAGUUGAUUAUGGAAAUGAUUAUAUUAUUGCUUUCACUCAAACAGGUAGUUUCACAGAUCAUGCCUUGCAUGUUAAGCGUAUAUCAGAUACCAAAAUCGAAUUGGGCUUUCAUGUUCCGGAUAUUUCUUACUUUAUCAAACUGGGCUCUGCUUUAGACCGUAAAGCAAGGAAGAGAUCGUCAUCAGUAUUUUUACCACAAAAGCUUUCUAACUUAUAUCCUGAUUUCCUCACUGGUGUUGUUUCUUUCAAUGAAAAUAUGAAGAAGUUGGCAGUAUCUGUCGUUUUUGAAAUUGACACCAUGACUUUUGAAGUGGAAGAUUUGUAUAUCCAUGAAUCUAUUGUUGUUGCAAAGCAAUUGGUAGGUUAUGGACAAUUUGACACUGUCAUGGCUGGACUUGAUUGUCCAACUAUCUCAUCGGCCACAGCUGAUUAUAUCAAGACAUUUAGCCUUAUUGCUAAGGAAUUUCGUCGCCAAAGAUUGAAUGAUAAGAGCUUGGGUUUAACACCUAAUUUGAACUUGUUGGACUUUUUGGAUGAUGAAAAGGUCAAGUUAGAUUUGAACAUUUACAAGGGUUCAACUGCUUACGAUGUUAUUACUGAAAUUUCUCACAAGGUUAAUAGUGCUAUUGCUGCCAAAAUCCAUGCUAAUAUUGGAGAUCGUGCCAUGUUACGUCGUCAAGCUUUACCAACAUUGCAAAAAAUGGAGAACUUUGUCAGAAGAGCAACACUCUUGGGAUUCCAAAUUGAUACUACUGAUUCUGCAUCAUUACAGAAGUCUAUUUUACUGAUUGAAGAUCCUGUGAAGAGACAAUGUGUUGAGACAUUAUUGUACAAGUGCAUGCCCCGAGCCAAAUAUUACAUUGCAGGUAAGCAAGAUCCUGAUAGUUAUGGGCAUUACUAUUUGAAUCUUCCAUUAUACACUCACUUUACUGCACCAUUAAGACGUUAUGCUGAUUUAGUUGUUCAUAGACAACUCAAGUCUGCAAUCCACAAGAAUGAAGAGUAUGAACAAAUCAAAGAUUUGGAAUCUCUUCGUGCCACAGCUGAUUACUGUAAUUUCAAGAAGGAUUGCGCAGCCAAUGCUCAGGAACAGGCUAUUCAUUUGUUAUUAUCACAAACCAUUAAUGAAGUGAGUGAGAAUGCUGGACAAUUACUUUGUAUGGGUAUUGUGAUUCAAGUUUAUGAAUCCUCAUUUGAUGUUUUCAUUCCUGAUUUGGGUGUUGAAAAGCGAGUUCAUGGAGAUCAAUUACCAUUAGUUAAGGCUGAAUUUGAUCGUACCAAUAGGAUUUUGGAGUUGUAUUGGGAAAGAGGCGUUGAUUCUGCUACAUACAUUCCACCAGAUGAACAGAGUUCGUUAUCGUAUCGUACUUCAAUCAAGAAUAAGUACAGAACCAGUACUAUUCAAGCCGCCAGAUUACAGAACACGAGCACUCAAACGUUGGAGAAGAAGAAUGAAACUAUAAUUGAACGGUUGUCGAAAAUGAACUUGGAACCUCCCCGAGUCAAAGCACCUGCUUCAUCAUCUACAACUGAUAGUCUAAAAGCAUAUUUACAGAAUUGUAUUACUCGAGUUGAAGGAGAAUUUGCCAUUCAAGAAAUCAGAGAAUUGAUGCAAGUUCCUGUGUUGUUGAGAGCAGAAAUUGGUAUGGCUUUACCUUGUUUGACUGUACGUACAGUUAAUCCCUUUGCCAUUUAUUAA